AAAUAAAUGCAAUUGUUGAAAUUAAAGAAAAAACUAUGAACCGGUUGAUAUUAGUUUCGAUUUGUGUUUGUGUGUUGUGUACGUAUGGAAAUCCUGUGACGAUAACCUUGGAAAACUCAAAUACAACAUCUGAAUCAGCUACCACAAUAGAUGAUUCAACAACUAGCGCUACAACUAACAGUUCAACAGAUACAACAAAUGAUUCAAUAACUAGCGCUACAACUGAUAGUUCAACAGAUGAAUCAACAACUAGCGCUACAACUAACAGUUCAACAGAUACAACAAAUGAUUCAAUAACUAGCGCUACAACUGAUAGUUCAACAGAUGAAUCAACAACUAGCGCUACAACUAACAGUUCAACAGAUACAACAGAUGAAUCAAUAACUAGCGCUACAACUGAUAGUUCAACAGAUGAUUCAACAACUAGCGCUACAACUUAUAGUGCAACAGAUACAACAAAUGAUUCAAUAACUAGCGCUACAACUGAUAGUUCAACAGAUGAAUCAACAACUAGCGCUACAACUAACAGUUCAACAGAUACAACAAAUGAUUCAAUAACUAGCGCUACAACUGAUAGUUCAACAGAUGAAUCAACAACUAGCGCUACAACUAACAGUUCAACAGAUACAACAGAUGAAUCAAUAACUAGCGCUACAACUGAUAGUUCAACAGAUGAUUCAACAACUAGCGCUACAACUUAUAGUGCAACAGAUACAACAAAUGAUUCAAUAACUAGCGCUACAACUGAUAGUUCAACAGAUGAAUCAACAACUAGCGCUACAACUAACAGUUCAACAGAUACAACAAAUGAUUCAAUAACUAGCGCUACAACUGAUAGUUCAACAGAUGAAUCAACAACUAGCGCUACAACUAACAGUUCAACAGAUACAACAGAUGAAUCAAUAACUAGCGCUACAACUGAUAGUUCAACAGAUGAAUCAACAACUAGCGCUACAACUAACAGUUCAACAGAUACAACAGAUGAAUCAAUAACUAGCGCUACAACUGAUAGUUCAACAGAUGAUUCAACAACUAGCGCUACAACUAACAGUUCAACAGAUACAACAAAUGAUUCAAUAACUAGCACUACAACUAACAGUUCAACAGAUACAACAAAUGAUUCAAUAACUAGCGCUACAACUGAUAGUUCAACAGAUGAAUCAACAACUAGCGCUACAACUAACAGUUCAACAGAUACAACAAAUGAUUCAAUAACUAGCGCUACAACUGAUAGUUCAACAGAUACAACAAAUGAUUCAAUAACUAGCGCUACAACUGAUAGUUCAACAGAUGAAUCAACAACUAGCGCUACAACUAACAGUUCAACAGAUACAACAAAUGAUUCAAUAACUAGCGCUACAACUGAUAGUUCAACAGAUGAAUCAACAACUAGCGCUACAACUAACAGUUCAACAGAUACAACAAAUGAUUCAAUAACUAGCGCUACAACUGAUAGUUCAACAGAUGAAUCAACAACUAGCGCUACAACUAACAGUUCAACAGAUACAACAAAUGAUUCAAUAACUAGCGCUACAACUGAUAGUUCAACAGAUGAAUCAACAACUAGCGCUACAACUAACAGUUCAACAGAUACAACAGAUGAAUCAAUAACUAGCGCUACAACUGAUAGUUCAACAGAUGAUUCAACAACUAGCGCUACAACUAACAGUUCAACAGAUACAACAAAUGAUUCAAUAACUAGCACUACAACUAACAGUUCAACAGAUACAACAAAUGAUUCAAUAACUAGCGCUACAACUGAUAGUUCAACAGAUACAACAAAUGAUUCAAUAACUAGCGCUACAACUGAUAGUUCAACAGAUGAAUCAACAACUAGCGCUACAACUAACAGUUCAACAGAUACAACAAAUGAUUCAAUAACUAGCGCUACAACUGAUAGUUCAACAGAUGAAUCAACAACUAGCGCUACAACUAACAGUUCAACAGAUACAACAAAUGAUUCAAUAACUAGCGCUACAACUGAUAGUUCAACAGAUGAAUCAACAACUAGCGCUACAACUAACAGUUCAACAGAUACAACAGAUGAAUCAAUAACUAGCGCUACAACUGAUAGUUCAACAGAUGAAUCAACAACUAGCGCUACAACUAACAGUUCAACAGAUACAACAAAUGAUUCAAUAACUAGCGCUACAACUGAUAGUUCAACAGAUGAAUCAACAACUAGCGCUACAACUAACAGUUCAACAGAUACAACAAAUGAUUCAAUAACUAGCGCUACAACUGAUAGUUCAACAGAUGAAUCAACAACUAGCGCUACAACUAAUAGUUCAACAGAAACAACAACUAGCGCUACAACUAAUAGUUCAACAGAAACAACAAAUAAUUCAACAACUAGCGCUACAACUGAUAGUUCAACAGAUGAAUCAACAACUAGCGCUACAACUGAUAGUUCAACAGAUAAAUCAACAACUAAUAGUUCAACAGAUACAACAGAUGAAUCAACAACUAGCGCUACAACUUAUAGUGCAACAAAUACAACAACUAGCGCUACAACUAACAGUUCAACAGAUACAACAAAUGGGUCAACAACUAGCGCUACAACUGAUAGUGCAACAGAUACAACUAGCGCUACAACUGAUAGUGCAACAGAUACAAUAAAUGGGUCAACAACUAGCGCUACAACUAAUAGUUCAACAGAUGAAUCAACAACUACCGCUACAACUAACAGUUCAACAGAUACAACAGAUGAAUCAAUAACUAGCGCUACAACUAAUACUUCAACAAACACAACAGAUGAUUCCUUACCUACAACUACCAUUCGGACAACCACCACGACAAACAAGUUACCUACAACUACCAUUCCGACCACUCCGACCAACGUAUCCUCAGCAUUCAGUAUUAAGGAAGCUUAUUUUGCAAAAUAUUUUGUUUUGUUGCUAUCAAUAUUGUUAAGUGUUAUUUCAUUUUAAAGUAAUUAUUUACGUAAGGCAAAAUUUCGUAUUUAUUCUCACAAUUUUUGAAAAUUUUGUUUCUAAUAUAUAAUUUUUAUUUUAAGUGCGUUUGCUUUCGUAAAAAAUAUUUUUAUCAUAAUGAUAAAAAUGCUUACUUAAUGUCGAAUAAUAAAAAGAAAAGAGAAU